AUGGGCAUGGUCACGGUCACUCUCGGUCAUGGUCACGACUCACCUCACCCUUCUCGAUCUUAUGCAGCCAUCCAUGUUGAUUUUAGUGCCAGAACCCGAAAUGGGACCCCUAGAGAACUGGAUCCAUCCUUUCCGCCCUUUCCUCCAGCCCAGCCCAGCCCGGAAACAAACCAGGGCAAAGUCCAAGAGAUAGUAGAGAGGGACAAUGAUAUCAGCUGCUCCAGCUGUCGCGACCGCCGGAACUGCAGAGAUAUGGAGAUGGAGAAUGGAGGCGAGCUGCAGGUCUCUCCCGCCUCAGUAUCUCGCUCAGAGUCGGUGCCGUCCAGUGUUGCCACCAGCGUGGCUCCCCUGCCACCGCCCCAGCCGCGGCCGGCGGUGCCUGCCAAAAGAUUGUCCGCUACCCAGGACCAUCCAAUCCAGUCUCCGGCGAAGAAACAGUCCAAGUGGUCCCCUGAAGAAGACGCAAAGAUCAUCCAGCUUCGUCAGGAUGGCAUGAAGUGGGAGGACAUCAGUAAGCACUUGCCCGGACGCAGCGCCAUCAGUUGUAGGCUGCACUAUCAAAACUACCUCGAGCGGAGGAGCGAAUGGGACGAGGAUCGCAAAAAUAAGCUCGCAAGGUUGUACGAGAGGUUUCGAGCCGACAUGUGGGCGAGAGUCGCAGAGGAGAUGGCGAUGCCAUGGAGAGCCGUCGAAGCAAUGCACUGGCAGAUGGGCGAGCAUGAGAUGGCGAAGCGUGCUGGCGUAACCCCAUUCUCCCUGACCAACGCCCACAGCGGGAUCGAAGCUUCGUCCCUCCCUCCAAGAGCACCGCUGCGGCAUGGCGGACCACCCCCGCGCCCUUUGCGACGAGAAUCGAUGCCUCCCGAGACGGGUUUACAGGGUCCUCAGCAGCUGCCUUCGCUAGCAGAACUCACAGCGGGGCUGCCUGCGUUUUCAGCACCACCUUACCACACCUCAGACCCUUUCAAUCGCCAUCUGUACAACCACCCAAGAGGCCGCAAUGGUCCUUUUCGAUAA